GCUUUAUUCUAUUGUGCAAUCCGAUUGUUUAAAGUUCCAAUGACAGACGAGAUAUGUCCUAUACAGUUCCAAAGCAAUUCUUAUACAGUAGACGAAAUGGAUUUAGUUUGGUUUGGAGGCAGUUCUAUCGUUUACUCUGUCGACUUCUUCUCAAUGAAUUCUAAAGUUACAAGUACAGAUACUUCAAAAUGUUCUGGUGGGGCCUCUACGGCUAAAGAAAGAAGACCGUGUUUAAAGCUGGAUUUAAACAUCAGUCAGGUGUAUAAAGGAUUUGUUAUACAAGUGUACCUACCUGGAGGUGCAAUAGUUAUAAUGUUAUGGCUAGGUUUCUUCAUUCAUUUGAACGAGGUUUCAGCUAGAGUCCGCGUAGUAUCGAUUGGAUUUACAGCAAUGAUCACACAAAUGGUGGGAGUUAUGAUCGUUUUUCCUGAUACCGUACAAUUAGAACCACUUCUGGUGUGGAAUACAUUUUGUUUAUGCAUGAAUCUUAUAGCAUUUAUAGAAUUCAUCGUAGUUCAUAAUAUGUAUAUCACACGUGAACUAUGGAAAAACCAAAAUAAAGAAAUAAUUGUAAGCAGUCAUAGAAUCACUCAAGUACAACCAAUAAACGACGAUACUGAUAAUGCUACAACUCUAACAAAGAGACCACCGUACUGCAUUACUCCAUACAGAAUGGAUAAAAUAUGCAUGGUUCUCUUCAUGUUUACUUUUCUUAUUUUCAAUGUUGCUUAUUGGAGCACAUUCAUGUUGGCUUGA